GCUAGAGAGUGUUUUGUCGACGUAAAAUGGCUGCCUCCAUUUAAUAGUGUUGAAUUUGAGAUGGACAUGAUUCUUUUUCGAUUGUUUAGGAAAUUUCAUGCAAAAUCUGUGUCGGUGUUUGGAAAACAUGAAUUUCUCUAUAAACUGAACGGGAGAUUAUUAUACUCCAAUUAUCAAAGUUAUAGAAAUUGUGAUGUUCGUCAAAAAUCAAUUUGUAAUUUAUGUAAAUAUAAUAAAAGAUUGGUACAUACAUCAACAUACCUAAGUAAAAAAUUUCAGAAAUAUGUUCCAAAAACAAAAAAGAAAGAGGAAGUCAUUGAAGUUUGGAAAAAUAUGACUGUUUCCCAUUUAGCUAAACAAGCAAAUAGAAGUAUUGAUGAUGUAUAUGAAGCAAUGUUAUUUGUUGAGGAUUGUGAAAAUUAUUCAGAAGAUAAUGCAGUUCUUGAUGACUUAAGUAUUAUUAAAAAACUUGCAAAAAUUCUUGGUUUUCGAUGUAAAAUAAUUGGUUCACCUGUCAUUUAUGCUUCAAGGACUAAUGAAUUUAAAGAUGCUUCAAGAAGACCUCCUCCUGAACCAGCAAAUCUUGUAAAACGAACGCCAGUUGUUACUAUUAUGGGUCAUGUUGAUCAUGGAAAAACCACACUUUUGGAUACAUUACGACAUACUUCUGUAGUAGAACAAGAAUUUGGUGGCAUAACGCAACAUAUAGGAGCUUUUACAGUUAACUUACCAAAUAAGGAAAAAAUAACAUUUUUGGACACUCCAGGACAUGCAGCAUUUUCAGCCAUGAGAGCAAGAGGAGCAAAUGUAACAGAUAUAGUUGUUUUGGUAGUAGCAGCUGAUGAUGGAGUAAUGGAACAAACAGUUGAAUCUAUAAAAUAUGCAAAAGAAGCUCAAGUUCCUAUAAUUGUAGCCAUAAAUAAGAUAGAUAAGCCAAAUAUUAAUAUUGAAUAUGUCAAAACUGGACUUCUGACUCAAGGUAUUCAAUUAGAAGAUAUGGGAGGUGAUAUACAAGCUAUUCCUAUUUCUGCACUCAAGGGAACUAAUUUAGAUCAAUUGAUUGAAGCUAUUUUAAUACAAGCUGAAAUAAUGGAAAUAAAAGGAGAUCCAAAAGGCUUAGUGGAAGGUGUUGUCAUUGAAUCAACAGCAAGUCAGCAUAGAGGAAAGUUAUCUACUGCUCUUAUUCAAAGAGGCACAUUAAGAAAUGGAGCUAUACUUGUCGCAGGAACAGCUUGGGCCAAAGUAAGGGCAAUGUUUGAUGAAUGGAGUAAACCAGUACAAAUGGCACCACCUGGAACACCGGUACAAAUUAUGGGCUGGAGAGAGUUGCCAAAUGCUGGUGACGAGAUACUGGAAAUUGAAUCUGAACAAAGAGCACGAGAAGUUUUAAGAUUUAGAGAAAAUCAAAAGGCAUUGGAAAAACAAAAGAGCGAUGCAGUGGUGAUUCAACAAAAAUUAGAAGAGCAUUUACAGAAAUAUAAAGCCGAACUAAAACGACGACGAGAGGAAGGGCGGUUUCGCAGAAUCCCGACUGUUAUUCGUCCGAAAGAAUACCAAGAAAUGUAUAAUGGUCCAAAAUUAUCAGUUAUUAUUAAAGGUGAUGUAGAUGGAUCAGUAGAAGCUAUUUUAGAUCUAUUAGAAACAUAUAAUGAUAAUGAUAGGUGUUAUUUGGAUCUGAUCAGUUACAGUGUUGGUAGUGUAACCGAGAAUGACGUAGAACUUGCAAAAGUUUUUAAUGGAAUAAUUUAUGGCUUUAAUGUAACAAUUCCCAAUUCAAUCCAUGCUCUGAAGAAAAAAGAAAAUGUCGUAAUAAAGGAAUUUAAAGUUAUUUACCAUCUUUUCAAUGACAUAAAAGAGGAAAUCAACACUCGAUUACCACUUGUGGACAAAGAAGAAGUGUUAGGAGAAGCCACAGUUUUGCAAGAAUUUAUGGUAACAUUAGUGGGAAGGAAGAAAGUACCUGUGGCAGGAUGUUUAUGCAAUAAAGGUAUCCUAAAGAAGGAAGCCAAUUAUCGUCUUAUAAGAGGAACCAAAGUCAUACAUGAAGGAAAACUUGGCAGUCUCAGGCAUCAAAAAGAUGAAGUCAAAAGUAUCAAGAAGGACGUAGAGUGUGGAAUACGAUUAGAAAAUCCAGAUGUUCGGUUCCAGGCCGGUGAUACAUUUAUCUGUUACGAAAUAUUAAAAGUGGAACAGAAAAUUGAUUGGGAUCCUGGAUUCUAGUGAUAGAAUAAAAGUAUUUUAUAUAUAAGAAGUUUUUAUUCUAUCUGUAC